UCAAGCAAUCUAGCCGUGACCCAGAAGCUGGUGCAGGCCUGCCAGAUCAUGCAGUACGAGGCCCGCGAGAUCAUGAUUGUCGAAGGGGCGCAGUCGGCAUGCGUCCACUGGAUCCUCAAGGGCAGCUGCCGAGCCCUGAAGAAAGUCAAGUUUGUGAAGCGCGAGACCGGGACGAUCAUCGGCGGCGGCAAAAAGUACUCCCUGGUGGCAUACACGGAUGGCAUGCCUCUGGAGGAGACAGACGAAGUGGUCGAGCAAAUGCUGUGUGCGAUGGAAUUGACCCCGGGCUCCCUCUACCCAGAGUUCCCGCGAUACAAACACUACAGCAACCAAGAGAGCAGUAUUCAGAUGGCCCUCUCGGACGAGGAGCGCAACAUCAACAAGCUUGAGCUCAUCGCCCGGCUUACCUACGAGGAUCCGGACGACCAGGCCCUGGGCUCGUACUAUUCCAUAGUCGCAAAUACCAAGUGCGAAAUCGCUGUGAUGUCUCGGGUCGACUAUGUGCGUCUGGCGUCAAACGAGAUGGUCAAGUCGGUCCUGAUGGAUCGCGAGAGCUACAUCGUACCAGUACAGCGGUUGCAGGACGUGUUUUUGGAGAAGCGGAACUGGGACAUGUACAAGCGCAAGGUGGUUGCCGGUUUGGUCUCAGGGGGCAAAUGACGACAGCCCAAGCCAUCCCCCCGCCUGCCUUGAUUCAUGCGUUCAUGGGAUGUCCAAACGGGAGGUUGACGGCCGCGGUCUCAGCCGGGAUCAGCUGCGAUGCAGACAGCAUCAUUCAGAGCCAAUAUAUAUGUGCAGAAGCGGGUCGUG